GUCGGUAACUCUGGGCACAAAUACAGAGUUGUGACCCUUAUUGGUUCAUGCUGGACUCUAGGCGUCGUGCUUUAUAAGAACGUGCUAUUUGUUGUUGAUUUUCCGUCAUCAUGAGAAAAUUAAGGCAUCACGAACAGAAGCUACUUAAAAAAGUCGAUUUCAUUAAGUGGAAUACAGAUGAUAACUUGUUUCGGCUGAAACUAAUGAGAAAAUUUCACAUUCAAAAAAGGGAAGAUUUAUCCAAGUACAACAAGCUGACAAAGAAUAUCCUCGAUCUUGCCAAAAAAAUUAAGGAGAUGGAUUCUAAAGACCCUUUCCGCGCUUCUGCUACAGCUCAGCUGCUUGAGAAACUGUACGCAAUGGGGCUAGUGCCUACAAAAGCCAACCUGUCGCUUGUUCAGAAGAUUUCUGCAGCUACAUUUUGCAGGAGAAGACUGCCAGUAGUGAUGGUAAAGGCACACAUGGCACAGACAGUAAAGGCUGCAACUAAAUUUGUUCAGCAAGGCCAUGUGCGCCUGGGACCUGAGGUUGUGACAGAUCCAGCAUUUCUGGUCACAAGAAACUUGGAGGAUUUCCUGACAUGGACUGAUACCUCUGCAAUCAGAAAGCAUGUCAUGGCAUAUAAUGAUGAGAGAGAUGAUUUUGAUUUGAUGGCCUCCUGAUCAAAAGAGUCAGGGAGACUCAGGUGAAAAAACUAUGAAUAAAAGCUUGAAAGAAAAUGAUGUGUAUAAAACAGAAAUACUUGUGUAGUUUCCAAACACAACAAAAGUGUGAAUGUUGAGAGCAGAAUUCGGUAAUUGUGUUUGAUGUGACAUGCACUUUUUUUUACUCCACUGUGUGAUAUUUUUGUAGAACACACAGGAGAAAGAAUAUCUGUAUGUGUAAGUGACAAUGACUGCCAUGCACAAGUUUUUAAACUUGUGAAUUUGCAUAUGUAUGAUUGUAAUUUUUUUCAUGCUUGCGUAUCUGACAUUAAAAUUCAUUUUGUGGCACAAA